AUGUUUAUCUCUUAUUUACAUACACGUCUCUCUGUUACAGUGAAGAAAGCCAAGCUCGAUGGACCACAAGAGAAAUUCAACACCUACGUGUCACUGAAGGUUCAAAAUGUGAAAAGCACCACCAUAGCUGUGCGAGGCAGUCAGCCAUGUUGGGAACAGGACUUCAUGUUUGAGAUUAACAGACUGGAUCUGGGCCUGACAGUGGAGGUAUGGAACAAAGGACUGAUCUGGGACACCAUGGUUGGCACAUUGUGGAUCCCUCUGAGCAGCAUUCGACAGUCCAACGAGGAAGGUCCAGGUCAAUGGCUGACUUUAGAUGCCCAGGUCAUUAUGGCUGAGAAUGAAAUAUGUGGCACCAAAGAUCCUACAUUCCAUCGAGUGCUAUUAGAUACACGAUUUGAACUCCCAUUAGAUAUACCAGAGGAGGAAGCUCGAUACUGGGCCAAGAAAUUGGAGCAGCUCAAUGCCAUGAGGGACCAAGAUUACACAUUCCAGGAGGAGCACGAGAGACCACUUCCAAUGCCAUCAACUCAGUGCUGUAACUGGAGUCUAUGGGGGGACCAACAAAAUGAUGAUCCAGACAGUGCUGUGGAUGAUCGAGACAGUGAUUACCGCAGUGAAACCAGCAACAGCAUCCCCCCUCCUUUCUACACCACAUCCCAACCCAACGCAUCCAUGCACCAAUACCCCAUCCGACAAAUGCAACAUGGAUCCCGCUACAACGAAAUGCACGACUACGACUAUGAUAACCAGAGGGCAAUUAGCCCCACCGGCAGUAGUCGCUAUGCCUCAUCUGGUGAACUGAGCCGUGGCAGCUCCCAACUCAGUGAGGAGUUUGGCCCGGAGGAUGGCGAGAGCUUUCGGGGUUCUGGAGAGUUCUACGAUGAGAAUGAUUCCUACCAUUCCUGCCAUUCCUCUGUUAGCUAUGGCAAAGAAUCACCCGGCUGGGACCCAGAUGAGCCACAGGGUGUCUACAGUGAUGAUGGGGAGUACAACAAAGAUGGAGGUGAAGAAGGGGCACUCUAUGAUGAAGAGGGUGAGAUCUAUGAACAGGAUGAAGGGGAGUAUCCCUAUGAAGAGGAAGAGGAAGGAAUGGUGUAUGAAGAGGACGAAGACCUUUACCCAUUGGAUGGCACUCUUAGCGAAGAGCAGGAGCCUCCCUACACUCCUACCCCGACCAGCACUGCCCCAACAUUGGCUCCUGAUGCCCUCACAAGCCGUCCACCACUAGAGAAACAGGCUUCCAUGCACCAGCAACAGCCCUCACAAUCCCAAAUACCAUUCCAGCCCAUGGAGCCCAAGCGAGAGUCACCACCUCCACAGCAGACACAUGAUGUUUUUGCCAAGGUACCUCGUACCACAACCCCACCACAGAUCUCAGACACGGAGCCUGAGAAAGUCCCAACGCCACCAGGCAAUGGGCCAGCCUAUGCAGAGGAUCUCUUGUCCACAUCUACCACUGAGAUCCCACCCAAAGCAGAACAGGAAAAGAAAGAGGCUCUUCCUGAGAGGGCCAAAGCCAACUGGCUACGACUUUUCAACAGGGUUCGCCUUCAGCUGCAGGAGGCUCGAGGCGAGACUCCGGGACUUGCGUCACUCUUUUUGCAAGCAGGGCCUGGAGGUGCUCUCUACAGCAUAGACAGCAUGCCUGACCUUCGCAAGAGAAAGGCCAUCCCUCUUGUCCGAGACCUGUCUCUAGUACAGAACUCUCGAAAAGCCGGCAUAACUUCCGCUAUGGCCUCCAGCACACUUAACAAUGAAGAAUUGAAGAGUCACGUCUAUAAGAAAACCCUGCAAGCUUUGAUUUACCCCAUCUCCUGCACUACGCCGCACAACUUUGAGGUGUGGACGGCCACAACACCCACCUACUGCUAUGAGUGUGAGGGGCUUCUUUGGGGCAUCGCUCGACAGGGCAUGCGCUGCACAGAAUGUGGGGUCAAGUGCCACGAGAAGUGUCAAGAUUUACUCAAUGCCGAUUGCCUGCAGAGGGCGGCAGAAAAGAGCUCUAAACAUGGAGCUGAAGAUCGCACACAGAACAUUAUUAUGGUGCUAAAAGACCGCAUGAAGAUCCGUGAACGGAACAAGCCUGAGAUAUUUGAGUUGAUUCAGGAUGUGUUUGCAGUCAUUAAGGCCACACAUGUGGCACAGAUGAAGCAGAUUAAGCAAAGUGUCCUGGAUGGAACUUCUAAGUGGUCGGCCAAGAUCAGCAUCACCGUUUUAUGUGCUCAAGGUCUGCAGGCAAAGGAUAAGACCGGUUCCAGUGACCCUUAUGUUACAGUUCAAGUAGGCAAAACCAAAAAACGAACAAAGACCAUCUACGGCAACCUCAACCCUGUAUGGGAUGAGAGUUUUAAUUUUGAGUGUCACAACUCUUCUGAUCGGAUCAAAGUCCGUGUUUGGGAUGAGGAUGAUGAUAUUAAGUCUAGAGUAAAGCAGAAGUUCAAACGAGAGUCUGAUGACUUCCUCGGUCAGACCAUCAUCGAGGUGCGAACUUUGAGCGGAGAAAUGGACGUCUGGUACAAUCUAGAUAAGCGUACUGACAAGUCUGCCGUGUCAGGAGCCAUUCGUAUGCACAUCAGUGUGGAAAUCAAAGGAGAAGAAACCGUAGCUCCGUACCACGUCCAGUACACUUGCUUACACGAGAACCUUUUCCACUACUUAACAGACAUUCAAAACAAUGGUGUGGUGAAGAUACCAGAUGCCAAGGGCGAUGACGCAUGGAAAGUUUACUUUGAAGAGACGCCCCAAGAAAUCGUGGAUGAGUUUGCCAUGCGUUACGGAGUGGAGUCUAUUUAUCAAGCCAUGACACACUUUGCCUGCUUGUCUUCGAAGUACAUGUGUCCUGGAGUGCCUGCGGUCAUGAGCACCUUACUAGCCAACAUCAAUGCUUACUACGCUCACACAACCCAAGCCACUAACAACGUAUCCGCCUCUGACCGCUUCGCUGCCUCCAACUUUGGGAAAGAACGAUUUGUGAAACUUCUAGACCAGCUCCACAACUCUCUGAGGAUUGACCUCUCAAUGUACAGGAAUAAUUUUCCGGCUAGCAGUCCUGAAAGGCUACAGGAUCUGAAGUCUACGGUGGACCUACUGACCAGUAUCACAUUCUUCAGGAUGAAGGUCCAGGAGCUUCAGAGUCCUCCUCGUGCAAGUCAGGUGGUGAAAGACUGUGUGAAGGCCUGCCUCAACUCCACCUACGAAUAUAUUUUCAACAACUGCCACGAGCUCUACAGCCGAGAAUACCAAACAGACCCAAACAAAAAAGGAGAGGUUCCUCCAGAAGAGCAAGGCCCGAGCAUCAAGAACCUGGACUUCUGGUCCAAGCUGAUCACUCUUAUUGUCUCCAUUAUUGAAGAAGACAAGAACUCCUACACACCCUGCCUUAACCAGUUUCCGCAAGAGCUCAAUGUUGGGAAGAUCAGCGCAGAGGUUAUGUGGAACCUGUUUGCCCAAGAUAUGAAGUAUGCGAUGGAAGAGCACGAAAAGAACCGCCUGUGCAAGAGCGCCGAUUACAUGAACCUUCACUUCAAAGUAAAGUGGCUCUACAAUGAGUACUGCAAAGACCUGCCUUUCUUCAAGAGCCGAGUGCCUGAAUAUCCAACGUGGUUUGAGCCGUUUGUCAUUCAGUGGUUGGAUGAGAAUGAGGAGGUGUCCAGAGACUUUUUGCAUGGAGCCCUGGAGCGUGACAAGAAAGAUGGGUACCAGCAAACCUCGGAGCACGCUCUCUUCUCCUGUUCGGUAGUGGAUGUCUUCUCACAGCUCAACCAGAGCUUUGAGAUCAUUAAGAAGCUGGAGUGUCCAGACCCACAGAUCGUCGGACAUUACAUGAAGAGAUUUGCCAAGACCAUCAGCAACGUUCUGCUCUCCUAUGCGGAUAUUAUCUCCAGAGACUUCCCGAACCACUGCACCAAGGAGAAAGUGGUAAUACCCUGCAUCCUCAUCAACAAUAUUCAGCAGCUCAGGGUACAGCUUGAGAAGAUGUUUGAGGCCAUGGGAGGUAAAGAUUUGAACGUUGAAGCUAGCGACAUCUUGAAAGAACUUCAGUUGAAGCUCAACAAUGUUUUGGACGACCUUGCAAGGAUAUUUGCCACCAGUUUCCAGCCAAACAUUGAAGAAAAUGUCAAGCAAAUGGGAGAUAUACUUAGCCAGGUGAAGGGAACGGGAAAUGUGCCAGCAAGUGCUUGCAGCAGCGUAGCACAGGAUGCUGACAACGUCCUCCAACCCAUCAUGGACUUUCUUGACAGCAACCUCACACUAUUUGCCAAGAUCUGUGAGAAGACAGUCUUGAAGCGAGUGCUGAAGGAGCUUUGGAAGUUGGUCAUGAACACAAUGGAGAAGACGAUUGUUCUGCCACCGCUAACUGACCAAACGGGCAGGGUGAAGCUUGCUUGUCACAGUGAUGGCACUCAACUCAUAUUCAACGCAGCCAAGGAACUCGGUCAGCUUUCCAAGCUUAAGGAGCACAUGGUUCGUGAGGAGGCCAAGGCACUGUCGCCUAAACAGUGUGCAGUGAUUGAGUUAGCGCUGGAUACUAUAAAGCAAUAUUUCCAUGCUGGAGGUGUGGGGCUGAAGAAGACGUUCUUGGAGAAGAGUCCAGAUCUCCAGUCUCUACAUUACGCUCUGUCUCUCUACACUCAGGCUACCGACAAACUCAUCAAGACCUUUGUUCAGUCUCAGAAUACACAGGGUACUGGUGUUGAUGAUGCAGUUGGAGAAGUAUCUAUCCAUGUGGAGAUCUUCACUCAUCCUAAUACUGGAGAGCACAAAGUUACAGUAAAGGUGGUGGCUGCAAAUGACCUACGGUGGCAGACUUCUGGAAUUUUCCGGCCCUUUGUGGAAGUCUACAUCAUUGGCCCUCAUCUCAGCGAUAAGAAGAGGAAGUACGCCACCAAGUCCAAGAACAACAGCUGGGCUCCAAAAUACAAUGAGACCUUCACAUUCACGCUGAGUAACGAAGUGGGUCCGGAAUGCUACGAGCUUCAGGUGUGUGUGAAAGACUACUGCUUCGCACGAGAGGACCGCACCGUUGGCAUGGCAGUACUGCAGCUGAAGGAUGUAGCACCACGAGGUAGCGUAGCAUGCUGGCUACCGCUAGGUAAACGUAUUCACAUGGACGAAACCGGCCUGACAGUUCUACGAAUCCUGUCCCAGCGCAACAACGAUGAUGUUGCGAAAGAAUUUGUCAAGCUCAAAUCUGACCAGCGAUCUGCUGAGGAGGGGCGGAGCUAA